ACUUUGUGGCGAGUUACGGAGUAGUUAUCAUCAGCGGUUUUUACAGUUGUUGAUAGCGUUUUUAGCGUGUGUUGUUGAAAAUGGGACAGCGAGUUUCUCGCAGAAAAAAGGUGGAGGAAGGUGGUAACGACUGUGUGAACGGGGUCAAUCCCCGUACACCAGUUACACCCACCGACCACAAGGCGGAGGUCCAUCCUCGUCUCGACGAGACGCCUGUGGAUAUCGGUGAGGUAGCCGGAGGAGGCGGACAGGAGAAAGGGCGAGAGAAAACGAAGAAAAAGAGGCUGAAAAAGAGGAGGUUCGGGAGGUUUGCCUCUCUUUUCUGUUGUUUUCCUCGCCAAAAAUCCACCAGAGCUGAGGAUGAGCCGGUGGAGCAGGGUGAGGUGGACCAGGACGCUGAAGACGGACCAUCCAGGAGGUGUUCUGAUGAUCAGAUUUCUCUACAGGACAUUGUCUGUACUGUAGAGGACAAUGAUCAUCAGGACCCUCCUUCCAGCGGUCCAGGAGUCGACGCCAAUGCCGUGGACCAGCAAAUGGGGGGCGACGACCCUCAAGAUCUGAACAGUCCAGUUUGUCCGUCAGCAGGUGUGAGUGCAUCACAUCUGCUGAGACAGCUGGACGGUAAUGAGAUCACGAGGAUCAAAGACCACAUUUGCUGGAAAUACGCCAUUGGCAAAAAGAUGGGGGAAGGUGGAUUCGGCUCCGUCUUUGAGGGGGCCCGGUGCAAAGACGGCCUUCCGGUGGCUGUGAAAAUCACAGCCAAGACGGAGAACAUGCCGUACAUCAGCCUUCCUGACCAUCCCAGACCAGUGCCUUUAGAGGUGGCCCUAACAAUCAAGGCCAAUCAAGGCCCCAGUUGUGACCACAUCAUAGAGCUGCUGGACUGGCAGGACCAUCUAGACCAGUACAUCAUGGUCCUAGAGCGGCCCUCACCCUGCGUCGACAUGGACGUGUUUUGGCAGUACCACGGUGACCUCUUUAGUGAGGACUUGGCGCGUCAUUUCAUGCGGCAGGUGAUUGACGCCGCCACCGUGUGUUGCUCCCGGGGGGUGUUCCACCGGGACAUCAAAAUGCCAAAUCUCCUUGUCAACACGGAGACAAUGGAGGUCAAAUUGAUCGAUUUUGGGUGUGGAGACCUCCUGAAAAGCUCUGCUUACAACACCUAUGCUGGGACAGCACAGUACUGCCCUCCCGAGUACUAUGAGAAGGGCGAGUACUACGGGAAAGAGGCAACGGUGUGGUCGCUCGGCGUGCUGCUGUUCGCCAUGAUCACCAGCCUUUUCCCGGACAGCAGCGACAUCAGCUUGAUGGACGCCGAUGUCUGGUUCCAACCAGGCUACUCGUAUGAGUGCUGUCAUUUCAUUCGAGGAUGCCUGCAGAGCAACCCAAAAAAGAGGUUUCCUCUGGAGGAGUUGCUGAUCCAAGACUGGUUCGAGGUACUAAGUCUAAGAUAAGCUAACAUGUGA